AUGGAGAGGGAGGAAGACAAUGGCUCGGCGGCGACCGGGGCUCAGCCGCCCACGGCCGGGGGCGUGCGGCUAGGGCAGGGGAGCGAGGUGAAGGUGGCUGGGGCGACUAGGCGACAUGGUUUUCUUGAUAGUAAGCCCGUUUCUACUCCUCUUUCGCCAACAUCUCGUCUUUCUUCCCAUGAAGGGCAUCUUCUUGAGGAUCCAUACACUUAUCGUCAGAUCGUUGGUGCUCUCCAGUAUCUCACUUUCACCAGGCCGGACGUUUCAUAUGCCGUCAACUCUGUUGCCCAGUAUCUUCAUGCACCUCAUGAACCACACAUGCAAGCAGUCAAAUGUAUUCUGCGUUAUAUUCGGGGGGCGCUGACUUAUGGCCUUCCUAUCUCUCACUGCGACAGUCCUUCUCUUGUGGCCUUCGCUGAUGCUGAUUGGGCUGGUUGCCCAGAUACAUGUCGCUCUACUUCUGGAUAUUGCAUUUUUCUUGGGCCAAAUCUUAUCUCCUGCACCACCUAUCUUGUGGCCAAUCCUGUUCUCCAUGCUCGCACGAAGCACAUUGAACUUGAUCAUCAAUUUUUGCAGGAAAAAGUUCAGUCUGGUGAUUUGGCCUUAAUUUAUAUCCCUUCUGACAAGCAACUUGCCGACAUUUUCACCAAGCCCCUGUCAUCCUCUCGGUUUUCGAUAUUGCGGCUCAAUCUUCACAUCCGACCACCGAAUGCUUAG